AUGUUGAUAGUGAACCCUGUUGUUGUGAGUGUGUAUCCUGCUGUCGUGAGUGUGUAUCCUGCUGUGGUGAGUGUGUACCCUGCUGUGGUGAGUGUGUACCCCGGUGUGGUGAGUGUGUACCCUGCUGUGGUGAGUGUGUACCCUGCUGUGGUGGGUGUGUACCCCUGUGUGGUGAGUGUGUACCCUGCUGUGGUGAGUGUGUACCCUGAUGUGGUGAGUGUGUACCCCGCUGUGGUGAGUGUGUACCCCGCUGUGGUGAGUGUGUACCCUGCUGUGGUGAUGUGUACCCUGCUGUGGUGGGUGUUGUACCCCUGUGUGGUGAGUGUGUACCCUGCUGUGGUGAGUGUGUACCCUGAUGUGGUGAAUGUGUACCCCGGUGUGGUGAGUGUGUACCCUGCUGUGGUGAGUGUGUACCCUGCUGUGGUGAGUGUGUACCCCUGUGUGGUGAGUGUGUACCCUGCUGUGGUGAGUGUGUACCCUGCUGUGGUGAGUGUGUACCCUGCUGUGGUGAGUGUGUACCCCGGUGUGGUGAGUGUGUACCCUGCUGUGGUGAGUGUGUACCCUGCUGUGGUGAGUGUGUACCCUGCUGUGGUGAGUGUGUACCCUGCUGUGGUGUGUGUGUACCCUGCUGUGGUGAGUGUGUACCCCGCUGUGGUGUGUGUGUACCCUGCUGUGGUGAGUGUGUACCCUGCUCUGGUGAGUGUGUACCCCGCUGUGGUGAGUGUGUACCCUGCUGUGGUGAGUGUGUACCCUGCUGUGGUGAGUGUGUACCCUGCUGUGGUGAGUGUGUACCCCGCUGUGGUGUGUGUACCCUGCUGUGGUGAGUGUGUAUCCUGCUGUGUGGUGCUUGGUGUGACUGACCCGUCCAGUGGAGGCCAGCAGAACGAUGAGGGCCACACAGAAGCACAGACCCAGGACCAGACCUGA